AUGGAUUUCGGAAACUUUGGAACCAACCUUGGAAAGAACCUCUCCAACCUUGGGGCUUCUAUCACCCCCUUUGCGUCGCGCACCUUCCAGUACACCAAGGAGCAGUUCGGUCAAACUGAGGACAAGACCCAACUCCCUCCUGACUACAUCGAUCUCGAGAAGCGCGUCGAUGCCCUCAAGCAAGCCCACCAGAAGAUGCUUGCUGUGACCUCCCAGUACUCUAACGAGGCCUACGACUACCCCCCCAACAUCAAGGAGACUUUUCAGGAUCUUGGUCGCACCGUCAGCGAAAAGGUCAGCCUCCUCUCGUCUGCUACCUCUCCCGCCGAAGCCCAGGCUGCCCUCGUCGCUCCUCCCGCCGCCAAGCCUCAACCUAAGACAUUCAGCCAUGCUGUGGCUCGUGCCAGUUUGGCUAGCAGCCAGCUCCUCCACCAGCACCACACCGGCGCCGGAGAGGACCCCCUCGCAACCGCCCUGGAGAAGUAUGCGCUUGCCAGCGAACGUGUUGGUGAGGCCCGUCUUGCCCAGGAUGCCCAGAUCCAGAGUCGUUUCCUUGCUGGUUGGAACACUACCCUCAACACCAACUUGACUUUUGCUACCCGCGCCCGGAAGAACGUUGAGAAUUCUCGCCUCUCCCUGGAUGCCGUCAAGGCUCAUGCCAAGGGUACUACUUUCAAGCUGGGUGGCCAUGCCCACGGCGACCAGCCCCAUGAGGAGCAGGAGCUGAGCCCUGAGGCUCAGGAGGAAAUCGAGAAGGCUGAGGAUGAGUUUGUCACUCAGACCGAGGAGGCCGUUGGUGUCAUGAAGAAUGUUCUUGAUACACCUGAGCCCCUGCGCAACCUUGCCGAACUUGUCUCCGCCCAGAUUGAAUACCAUAAGAAGGCAUACGAGAUUCUCACCGAGCUCGCCCCCGUUAUCGAGGGCCUCCAGUCUGAGCAAGAAGUGCGUCGUGCCUCUGGGUUUUGA